UCAGAGAGGAAUUGAAUUAAUCGAUCGAAAGUCGCUCGAAAAUAAGGGGAGAAAAAAAAAAGAAAAAAAAAAAAAAUAGUGGAAACCGAACAGAAAUCUUGCAAGUAUCUUAAAAGAUCGUGCGUCGAAGUUGAUGAAAUUCGAUUGGACGAAGAAAAGGAUGACAACCACAUAUACCACCACUACCAGGACCAUUUCUGAUCUUGGUUCAUCAACCAACAUGGUGGUUCCUAAGAACGAGGUGAUCAGAUUUAUCUCCGAUUGCUUGUGCAAGGUCGGAACAACCCCCGAGGACGGGUAUAUCGUUGGCCAUCACUUAAUGACUUCCGACUAUUGUGGCCAUUUUAGUCAUGGGAUGAACAGAAUGCAAGCUUACGUGUUGAGCAUCAAGAAUGGAAUAACCAACCCUUCCGCGAAACCGAAGGUCGUUAAUGAUUUUCAGGCGGUAGCUUUAAUCGACGGGAACAACGGAUUGGGUCAUACGAUCGGUAAAUAUUGCAUGGAGCUGGCGAUAGACAAGGCGAAGAAGUACGGUAUCUCGAUGAUCACGGUUCGUGGCUCGAAUCAUUACGGGAUAUGCGGUUAUUACACGCAAAUGGCGAUCGAGAAAGAUUUGAUAGGGUUCACCUGCUCGAACACGAGUCCCCUGAUGGCCCCGACGCGAAGCAAGGUGUCGGGAUUGGGGACGAAUCCGAUGUCCCUGGGGAUGGGAGCGACGGGCGGCGACAAGUUCUUGCUGGACAUGGCGACGACAGCCGUCGCGUUUGGAAAAAUCGAGCUGGCAAUGAGGAAGAACGAAGCAAUUCUCAAGGGUUGGGCGCUCGGGAUGGAUGGGAAAAUUACGACGAACGCGAAAGAUGCGUUCGAUGCCGCCCGCUUGUUGCCACUCGGCGGGCUGGAAGAGAAUUCGAGCUACAAAGGUUACGGGCUGGCAUUGAUGGUCGAGGUGCUUUGUGGAAUUCUGUCCGGCAGCGAUUUCGGGCCUAACAUCAGGCAGUGGAAGGACAGGGCGAAAAUUGCCAAUCUCGGCCACUGUUUCAUAGCAAUAAAUCCUAACGCUUUUACAAGUGGAUCGAAGGAAAGGUUGGCCAAACUGUUGACGCAAUUGAGAAACUUGCCUCCCACCGAAAACAAAUCUGUCUUGAUACCCGGGGACCCGGAAAGAAUCGCCAUGAAACGCGUUGACAAAGAGGGUGGGAUUUCGUAUCAUCCUAAUCAAUUGAAAGUGUCCAAAGAUUUCGCGGAAAAAAUGGGUGUCAAGCCUAUGCAACUUGUUCCGAAAAAAUAAAUAAAAUAGGAAAUUAUAUCUUGGAAUUAGAACCUAGAUAUU